AUGGAAGAGAACGCUGCCGCAGGUCUUGUUGUUGCGGCCUUAGUAGGCGUAUUCAGUAUCCUGGGCUUGAUCAACUGGGCGAAUCGCGUUACACCAAUCCCAGUGGUCAAAGGAAUUCAAGUAGGAGCAGGUCUAUCGCUAUGCUUGAGCACCGGAACGAAGCUACUUUCCUCACUAGAGUGGACAGGUCCUUGGUGGGGCGAUAACCUGUUUGUGGCGGUUGCAGCAGUUGUCCUCUUACUGUUCACUUUCCCGUAUCCUAGGGUGCCAUAUGCUAUGAUCAUCUUCAUAGUGGGCAUCUUACUAUCAUUUGCAUCUCCGCAAAGCGAAGACGUUCAUGUGCCACGUGCCGCGAUUCCCAUUCUUCAUCCCUCUGGCAAAGAUUUUCUGAAAGCAACGACAACCGCAUCUCUGGGCCAACUGCCUCUUACGCUCCUCAACUCUGUCAUUGCAGCAUCGGCGCUCGCGUCUGACCUCCUGCCAUCACCACCGUACCCAGCUGCACCUACGGUUACAGAGCUAGGCAUUUCCGUCGCUGCGAUCAAUCUCGUAGGUUGCUGGUUCGGAGCCAUGCCCGCCUGUCACGGCUCCGGGGGAUUAGCGGGUCAGUUCAGGUUCGGCGCGCGCAGUGGCUCUAGUAUCAUCUUCCUAGGAAUCGUCAAAUUCGUACUCGGUCUUAUCGCCUUCUGGAAAUCAUCAGCCAUUAUUGGUGUGCUUCACAGCAUCCCCAAGGCACUACUCGGUGUCUUAGUUCUCGCUGCUGGCGUGGAACUAGCCAAAGUGGGUGAGAGCAUCAACACGGACGCCCGCGAUCUUCGUGUGUUGGACAGGGACAUGACAUGGGACGGCAAGAGAGUCAGGGACCUCGAUGAGCGGGACAGAAAGGACAGGUGGAUGGUCAUGCUUGUCACUGUGGCUGCUCUUCUUACCUUCAAGAAUGACGCAGUUGGUUUCGUCACUGGACUAGCAUGGCACUGGGGCUUUGUGGUUGCGAGAAGGAUUGAAGAUCGGAGGACUGGACGCACGGAGGGCCAUGUAUGGAGAAGUGUCGGGCAUAGCCGGGAUGAAGGUGCUGGAUUGCUCGCCCAUACAGAGUCUGAUACUGUUGCGUAG